AUGAUGUUCACAGACAAAAGCUCUAGCACCUCUGUGCCUAAGAAGAUGCCCAAGAAGAAGAAGACCCGGCCGCAGGGUCUGCCCUCCCCGGCCCUGUGCUGUGCCUGUGGCCUCUGCAUCAUGCUAGCAGGCAUCAACAUCACCCUGGUGGGAGCCUUUGCCUUUGGCACCUUCCUGCCCAGGAGAAACCCGCCCAUCAUCAUCGGGCCAGUCCUUCUCCUCGUGGCCUUCGCCUUUUUUGGGGCCUGCUGCGUAUGCAGCCGCCGCCCCCCCGCCCAGGGCUCACGCAAGGCUAAAGGGGGAGGCAACCUGGGCCUGGUUCGGACUGGAGGCACGGCCUUCGAGAUAGAGACCAGCGAGCACACCCUGCAGGACACCACCGCCGUGCAGCUGAGUCCCACCAACUCACCCAGCUCCUCGCGCAGGUCCAGCCCCUCCUACGAGGCCAACGCCACGGGCCGCACGUGCAAGCUGUUCACCUUGGAGGCCAACGGGCCAGCGUCCGCCUGCUACUCUGCCUCUUUGGCCGGUGAGGCCGUCCAGCUCAACCUGCCCCGUGACCCUGCAGCAACCUAA